UUUGUCAAUUUCUUGAAAACGAUGGUUACAAACAAAACAAUUAUAAAAUUUUGUGCGUACGUCAGAGCUGUGUGUUUAUUUCAUUAAUUAAUUAUGAAUACAAGCGAAAACACUGGUGAGGAUGUUCCUUUUGACCUAAGCAAAGCAGCCGCUGCUGCUACAGAAGAAUUGUUACCGUCGAAAUCUAAGGAGCGGUAUGAAAAGCAGUUCCAAAUCUUUGAAGAUUGGCGCAGGCUUAAAAAUGUUACUUCGCUAACGGAAGACGUAUUUCUGGCUUAUUUUGCGGAAAAAUCAAGUUCUUAUAAGGCUUCAAGCCUCUGGAGCACUUACUCUAUGUUGAAAGCCGUGCUUUUGUUGAAGGAAAAUUUGGAUAUCAGCAAGUUUUGUAAGGUAACUGCUUACCUAAAACGAAAAUCGACUGGUUACCAACCAAAAAAAUCGAAAUGUUUGUCUCGGGACCAGAUAGAGAAAUUUCUGCUUGAAGCUCCCGACAAGGAAUUUUUAUUAAUGAAAGUGGCGCUUAUUUUUGGGGUGUCUGGAGCCUGUCGAUGCGACGAAUUAUCAAGGAUGUUAGUUGACGACAUUGAAGAUCAAAAUAACGUGCUAAUAGUACACAUUCCUGAUUCUAAAACAAAAAAACCUCGACGCUUUGUAGUUGUUGAUGAAAGAAAUCUUGCUACAUACAGACGUUAUUUGGAAUUACGUCCGCCUAGUACUCCACACAAGCGCUUAUUUUUAAAUUACAAGAAAGGGAAAUGUACGGUCCAACCAGUGGGCUUGCAUUCAUUUGGUAAAUUUCCUUCUCAAAUUGCUACCUACCUUGGUCUACCAACACCUCUGGAAUACACAGCAGGACAUUGUAUGCGGCGCAGUUCCGCGACUUUACUAGUAGACGCAGGAGGAGAUAUUACCAACUUAAAAAGGCAUGGAGGAUGGCAAAGCAGUUCAGUAGCAGAAGGAUACAUAGAAGAGUCCAUCGAAAAUAAAUUAGAUAUAUGUAGCUAA